AUGGAGAAUAAUCACAGAGAAGAGUACUACACACUAGUAGGGGAUGAUGAUGACGACGACGGCGGUGAUCGCCGCCGCCUUUUGUCGUGCAACUAUUGUGUGAGGAGAUUCAGCAACUCGCAGGCGCUCGGCGGCCACCAGAACGCGCAUAAGCGAGAGCGGGCGAUGGCGAAGAGGGGCAAGAGAGUCGGGGCAACGGCGGCGCCGUCGCCGGCAGUCACGGCGUUUGGAUAUCAGCCCGGCGCCGCUUCUCUUCCUCUGCAUGGGCUAUACAAUAGGUCCCUUGGGAUUCAAGAUCAUUCCAUGAUCCAAAAACCCGGGAGUUAUUUCGGGUCACAGUCGCCGUCACCUUCCAUCUACGACUAUAAUGCAUGGACCAGACGGCGGCCGUUUGAUCAGCAGCCGGCGAUAGUGGGGCUGCCGCCGGUGAGUUACCAUGUGUCGUCGUCGUCGCGGAACAGUGAUAUGCCCUAUAGAUCUCAUACGGUGGUUGAUGGGAUUGGAGACGGGUUCCGAAUGGACAUUGCCGGCGCCGGCGCCGGCGGUUCUAGUUCGAAAUCUCAUCAAGAAAUAGAUUUAGACUUGUCUCUGAAACUAUAG